CUUAAACUCUUCUAUUGUAACAUCUUCUUUUCUGCUCUUAAACUCUUCUAUUUUAACAUCUUAGAAAGAAGAUGAACGCAUUUCCUCAUGAGUUUUCUGCAUUUUUAUCCAGUACCAAUGUGCAGAGUGGCCAAAGCAACUAUUCGCUGCCACAAUUCUGUUUUGGCGAUGUUCAAACCGGGUUAGAUAUUGUGCAGUGUGGUGCUUCCAACAAAUUUGGCGAUGAUGGCAAGCAAAGGAAAAGGCGAGAAGGCGUGGACAAGAAAUGGCUUCACAAAGUAAUAGAAAGGGAGAGGAGGAAACAAAUGAAGUCCCGCUAUUCUGAUCUCAGAUCUUUGCUGCCACAGGAGAUCAUUGUGGGCAAGUCUUCUCUUACUGAUCAGCUAUCUGUUGCCACCGACUAUAUCCGUCAUUUGCAGGAGAAGGUGGAGGAGCUUACAAAGAAAAGAGACGAGAUGAAGAUGAGCGAAAUGCAAUACUACAAGGUGAACAAUGAUAUAUCAUUCAGGAAGUGCGAUGCGUUUCCUCUAGUGAAUGUAAAUCAUGUGGGUUCCCUUGUACUAAUCACAACAAAUACAUUGAGAAAGCAGAUGGCCCUUUCUAGGCUUCUGCUUGUAGUUGAAGAAGAAGGACUUCAUAUAAUAUCUGCCUCCUCUUUCACCGCUGAUGACAAAGUCUAUCACACUCUUCAUUGCAAGCUGUUUGAUAAGAAGAGGUUCACUGGUGGCACCAAACUUGAGCAAAGACUUUGGCAGUUGAUCGAUAGAAACUACAUUCUAGAUGUCUCCAAAAGCUAGAAGCGAUCUAUACUUCAAUGCCUGGUACUUCAUUACAUGGAAAUUAUGCUCUUAAGUUGGCUAUAAUUAGGUUAUAGGAAGUCCUAACAAUAUAGAUUCUGUACCUGCUGAUUUAGUGUUGAACUUUAUUACUAUCUUACCUCUGAUCAAUCAUCUGGAUAUCGAUACAUCAGAAUUUCUUAAAUGCACAUACACUAAA